AUGUCCGACUCUGCCUCGGACGACACUCCGACCACGCCCGCGGGCCCACCACCCAUGCCGCACCGCUCACUUGCUGUCGAAGUCGUUGAACCGGAUGAGACACCAAUCCGCAUCGUCCGGACGCUGCAAGAGCUGGCCGAGGUCGAGGUCUCGUAUCUGUCCAAGCUGUAUGCGCUGAAGCAUCUGCGCGAGGUUUGUCGCGGCAAAGAGCCGACAGCCGAGCGUGAGGUCAUGAAUGCGCUCGUCCCUCACGACCUCAUCAUGUCUCUUUACGUCAUCCACACACAAGACAAGGUGCUGUUGCCGUCUCCGCUUGAUUUGGCGUCGGCGUCGUCGUACUUUGACAAUCCAGGCGUGACGGCCAACUUGUCGUUCUACGUCCACUAUGUGGCCCAGUGGGAGACGAUCACCGGCGCCAUGCAGGCCGCCAACGCUCGUCCGGCCUUCCGAACCUUCUGCGCGUCGGUCCUCGACGAGCUUCCUGGCCUCGACUUUGGGCGAACGCUGUACAACUUGCUCUACGCCCCGAUUGCACACAUCUUCCACGUCAAGAACAUCAUCGAGACGCUGGUGAAGGAAGUGUGUGGCAAGGGUGCGGCCCAGUCGCCGUCGCCGGACCACAUUGCAAGCUGUGAGCUGUGUUCGGGCUACGCCAAGAUGCGUGCGCUGGUUGCCAAGCUCAACUCCAAGAUGGCCCACGUUAAGGACAAGGCCACCACCGUCGUUCUUCAUUCGAGCUUCUCGUCGGCGACCCAGGCCGUGCUCGCGCCUGAUCUUGCCUCACGCAUCGCCGUCCGCCAGGGCGACGUCUUCCCGCGGCAAGUCUCCAUGAUCACCGGCUCGGCGUCGUAUGCCACUUCGACCUCGACGCUCAUUCUCUUCAACGACGUGGCUGUCCUCGUCAACGGCCCCGGCAAGGAGCAGGUACUCGGCUGCAACCGGUUCUUCUCGGUCGCCAUUGCCGACCACGACCCGACCGCCUUUGUUCUCUUCAUUCCUUCGCCGCCGCACUCGCCGACACUUACCACCGAGCUGACGUUCCGGACGCCGUCGACGGUCGAGGCCAACAAGUGGGUCGAGGCGUUCCAGUCCGAGAUCGAAAAGGCGCUCUCACUGCAUCUCUCGACGCUGGCGCCACCAGAGCCGGACCUGCUAGUCCUCGAGGAUGCUGCACCAUCGACGCCUGUUGCCAACCACGGCUCGCCGCUCGACCGUGUCGGCGUCAUGGCCAAGGCCGCCAAGCGGCGCUCGACCGCCAUCCGGUCGAUGGACCACGAAGCCCGGCAAGAGGCCAGGUUUUACCUCGAGCUCAGGCAGUGGAUCGAGCAGGAACUGGUGGCCGAGUACACCGGUAAGAUCGAGAACCUGGAGAACCAGCUCGCUGACCGGGACGCGGUCAUUGCUGCCAACACCGAGAUCAACGCGGUGCUCGAGGCUGAGAUCACCAAGGUUGUGUCCGAGAAGGAGGCCGAGGAGCAGGCCAAGGCCAUGGCUGCUGAAGCCUCGGCCCAGUCGCAGGACGCGUUUGCUUACCUCGAGCAGCAGUAUGCCGCGCAGGUCUCGUACGCCCAAAAGCUCUCGGAGGAGCUGUUCAAGACCAAGUCCGAGCUAGCCCGCGAGCACGACCGGUUGCUGGCGUCGGAGAAGAAGUUCCGCAAGGUUGACUUUGUGCUUGGCCGGAAGAACGCCGAGCUCGACAAGGUCCGCUCAGAGUCACAGACGCUCCACGAGUCGACCAUCUCUAUGUUCCAGGAAGAGAUCCAAGCACUCAAGCGCUUACUGGCAACCAAGGACGAGGAGCUCGAGCACUACCGCAAGCGCAUUGCCGAGCUCCGCGACGCCUCGGCGCGCCGGCCGCGGACAGCGUCGGCGACCGACGGCACCGAAGGCAAUGACGGGUUCAUGAUGGUCACCUCGGCACAGGGCUUUACUGAAGAGGAGCACUUUGCCGCCAUCGACCAGCUCACCCGCGAUCUCCGCACCGCCUUUGAUGACGAGAUGAAUGCGAUGCGCAACGAGCUGGAGACUCAUCAGGAGCUUGCCAAGACGCUGGCGUACGAGAAGCGCGCGGUCGAGAUGCAGUACCACGCGCUGGCAACCGAGAUGGCCCAGCUCAUGCAGAAGAGCGAGCAGGAAGCAGAGCCCUCCGGCGCAACAGCGCAGCUGGCGGUCAGCGAGCAGCCAGCCCCGACUGACAACCGUUCGCCUGCCCGGCCGCAGAUCCGGCCAGACGAGCUCCGUGCCCAGUCCAAGCUGCUGGCGCUCGAGGCCGAAAUUCGCAAGCUCAAGGGAUCGCUGGCAAGCAAGGACGAUGUCAUCGCCGAGCUUCGGCACGAGAUAGAGAUCGCGUCACACAAGUUUGACAUGCAGCUGCGGGUGACGUCGCGCGAGGUCGACGCACUCAAUUUUGAGAUUCAGUCGUUGCGCGAGUCGACGGCCAACGAAAAGGCUGGCCUCCUCGCGCGAAUCAAGGCGUACGAGAUGCGGCUGGCCGAGACGCGGCGGGCGCGGACGGCGUCCGACUCGGCGGUUGUGACGAUGGGUGACGGGCACAUGCACCGCGCGACGCGAUCAGCCGUCGACAUGGUCCGUGGUGACGGCAUCCCGGGCUCGGCUAGCGAGACCGAGUCUGACAGCGAGUCUGGGCCUGGAAAUGACGUGUUUGACGGGCUCUCGGCCAUGCGGCGGCAGUGCACGCAGUGCAGACAGUUUAGAGACCAGACGGCGUUCGAGUCGGCGCAGUGGCUGCAACCGGUAGCUGGCGUCCGCAUCUGUCGCAGCUGUGGUGGCAACUAAAGCUUCGAACGGA